AUGUGUAGAGCCUUCCCUACCACCCUUAAAGGCCCGGCGCGAGUUUGGUUCAGCAAAAUACCUCCAGGUUCUGUAGGUUCUUUCGAAGAGUUAAGCAAACUGUUUGUUAACAACUUCAUCGGGGGACAAAGACACAAGCGUUCCUCGUCCAGCUUGCUGACCAUAGAGCAAGGAGAGAACGAAAGCCUGCGGUCAUUCAUCACUCGCUUCAACAGGGAAGCCCUUAGUGUGGACGAGGUGGACGCCAAGCUCCUACUGGCAGCCUUCCACAAUGGGAUUAAUUCUGAUUUAUUUAUCCACAAGCUAUAUGAGAAGAAGCCUCAAACUAUGGCUGAGCUCGUCCAUUCGUCUCAGAACUUCAUGAAUGCAGAAGACGCGAUCAUAGCCAAGAAGAGGAAAAGAGCUGAAAGGAUGGAAGCGCACCCAACACGCCACUCAGAACAAGGCUCUCGUCCAAAGAAGGGACGGAUGGAAGAUAGGAAGGAACGAGAUAACAGAAAGACGGGUCCUUUGGGAAGAAGCGAGAACUAUACGCCCCUGAAUACUCCACUCGAUCAGGUGCUCAUGCAAAUCAAAGACGACCCUUCCCUAAAAUGGCCAGAGAAGAUGAAGGGAGAUCCCAAUAAGCGCAAUAAGAGUAAAUAUUGUCGCUUCCACAGGGACCAUGGGCAUGACACGGAUGAAUGUUAUGACCUGAAGCAGCAGAUUGAGAAUCUUAUUAGACAAGAAAAGCUGAGGCACUUCGUUGGAAGGGAUCAUAGAGAUGAGAAGUUGAAAGGAAAAAUGGAGGAAUCGUCCCGGCCCCCACUAGGAGAGAUAAGGAUUAUCGUUGGAGGAAACUCGAUGGGACAAUCUUCCAAGUCGAAGAAGACAUAUCUCAAAGUGGUGCAAAACUUCCAGCUCUCUGGACGAUCACCACGGACGAGAUCAAGGGACGAGCCGGCCAUUUCCUUCACCGACGAAGAUGCUGAGAGGAUCCAUCACCCGCAUGACGAUGCGAUUGUCAUUGCUCUACUUAUUGCAGAUUAUACGACCAGGAGAGUGUUAAUUGACAAUGGAAGCUCAGCGGACAUAUUGUACUACCCUGCCUUCCAACAGAUGAGGCUUGGGCGGGAUCAACUUCGUCCAGUCUGCUCACCACUGAUAGGGUUUGGAGGAAUGAAAGUGCAGCCCGUAGGCACCAUUACAUUACCAAUGGUGGUAGGGUCAUACCCGCAGCAGAUAACUAGGGAAGUCAAUUUCCUCGUGGUGGACUGUUCGUCUUCAUACAAUGCCAUUAUUGGAAGACCAACUUUGACCAGUUGGAUGGCGAUAACAUCUACCUACCAUCUAUUAGUCAAAUUCCCUACGGAGUACGGGAUAGGGCAAGCACAAGGAGAUCAGUUGGCAGCCAGAGAAUGUUACUUAGCCAUGAUGGCUUUGGACAAACAGGUGCAGACAAUGAGCAUCGAGGAAAGAAGGGUUAUUGCAGAGCCCACAGAGGUAUUGGAAGAUGUUCUUUUGCAAGAAGAUGAUCCCGAGAAAUUCACCAGAAUUGGAACAGGUAUGAAGGAGAAGGCAAGAAAAGACCUCAUCCAGUUCCUGAGAAAGAGUAUCGACGUUUUUGCAUGGAGUCAUGACGACAUGCCAGGAAUCGACCCAAGUGUGAUCACUCAUCGAUUGAAUGUGUAA